CUCCAAAGAACAUACUUGAUCUCUCAACCCCUAUACCACGAUCAUUCCCGCACCUCCGUGACUUCCUUGCGAAAAUCCCUCCUCGUUGGCCUGGUGAGCCACUGCCAAGAUCAAAAACCCGAAUCCAAGAGUCGCUAAUCGACCGCUAAUCCAGCUGGUCUCACUCUCUCACGCCCAAAGAGGAACUGUAGAGACGAAUCACCCCACCAGGCUGAGAUGCUCAUCCCUCCUCUGGUCUGGUUGCACAAAGCCCAGUGCUUCACAUGGCGGGGCAGCUGCAUUCUCCCCCCCUUUCUCCCCCUCCUCCUCUUCUUCUUCUUCCUCUCUUUCUCUUCUUUCUCCUCUACCUUGAUGCAGAAGUAUACUCAUUAAAGGACUGACGCAUCUCUGUUUCUGGUUCGCUCGCCCAAAUACCCUUCUCGGUGGCCCAAAUAUUGACGCCAUGGGUACAUCUUUCCCCAACUUGUGCUUUUUGCUCUUCCUGUUCAUUUUCUUCUCUGAAAAAGUCCAUGCAUUUGGAGCCGGUAACAUCGCAUCAAUUUCACGGAUUGAAGGCCAGAACUGGCGCCAUGGCGAUAUCGAAGACACUCUUUUGACCUUACUGAUGGCUCGCGUCGCCGGUGGUCGUAAAUUCAGCAAGCUUGACGUUCAGCGCGUUUACUUUGGAAACUGGCUGCGGGACUACAGCCAAGCCGUGGACAUUGGUACCGUAAAAUAUGUCAGUGCUGAGGCGAUCAGGAUUCUGCUCUGGGUGCUAGGUUUCCUGAGUUUUGGCUACGGCACGAAGGAGUUUGAAGUGACAACAGAACGCCUGGGAUGCUAUCAACCUACUGAACAUAUCGAUAAUCCACUUGGAUAUGGUGAAGGGGAGGAUGCUAGGGAAUACGACUCGCGACUGAGGGGCCCGAUCGAUGAGGAACGUGAACUUGCAAUUGAUCCUAGAACAGGCCUCAAGAACUACAUAGCAAAUGAAUGCAUCGACAUUGCAACUUCGGCUGACCUGGUACGACGGAUGUUCCGCCGUUCUGUUCAACUGGGCCGACAAUAUGCUAGAUCAGGAAACGAUGAAGACUUACACGAAGCUCUUCGUCUUCUCGGAACUGGCUUGCACUGCUUGGAAGACUACGCUGCGCAUUCCAAUUAUAUAGAGCUCAGCCUCAUUGAGCUUGGUGAAUCAAGUGUCUUCCCCCAUGUUGGUCGUGACACUCAGGUCGAAAUUGACGGAGCUUCGGGCCCGGUUUAUCCUCUCGUUACCGGUACUUUUGGCGGCGUUGACUUCUUCCACUCUGUCCUUGGUGAGAUAUCAGACAAGGCCACACAGUCUGAGAUCCAGUCUCUAGAGGGUGUCAUCAAUGAUUCUCAAAACGAUUCGCCGUCGCAAAGUCUCCUUCAGGGCCUACUAAGCAAGAUUCCGGAUGGUCUGAUUGGUGACAGUGAUGACAAAGUGAGCAAGAUGGACGAACUCAAAGCUCAGUCGGAAAACGCGAAGGUCGAAAGUGAACAUGUCUCUCCCCGUGAACCAGAGGAAUGGACCCGUUAUUUGAAUGAUGUCCAGAAGCAGAUCUACCCGAUUUUGGAGUGGCAUGAUGACAUUAUCAAGUCUAUUAAUAAGGCCAUCGAGAAUAUCCCUGUUAUUCCGGACCUUAUCGAGCAGAUACAGGAGCAGAUAACUGUUGCCGUUUUCUCGAUCCUUGCCCCUUACGUCUUGCCAAUUCUGAAGCAAGUGAAGAGCGAGCUUCAAACUGGGUCAUCUGAGGUCAUCCAAAGCAGCAGGGAACAGCAACAUAUUGUUUUUACUGAUGAUUCUUGCUCAAACCCUACCCACUCGAUGCUUUCCAAGGAUCAUUUUUCAAAUGUCCUCAAUGAGCCCGCAGGACAGAUUGCUUCCAAGGUGGUUGCAUGGACCGUGCCGCAACUAAUGGAGCUAUGGGAUAAUGAGGAGGCAGAUAUCAAAAGAACCAUGGAUAGAAUUGUUUCUGGGGUCUUCCACCACCCGGCUUUGUACCAGUACGGCGAGGAUGGUUCGGGAGAAAUGCGCCAUAUUAUGUUCGAAUCCGUCAGAGAAUGGUGGAAUGGAAAAUCGCAGACGGAGCAAGACUCCCUUCGUGACCAGCUUUCCCGAGAGGGCGUCCAAGAGGGCAGGAAUCACAAGGAAGGAGUGCAUGACUCCGGGCAUGGUUGCGGUAAACCGCUUACACUUCACAAGGGCCUGAGCCCCUCGGGUCAAUCCAGUAGCCAGCCGUUUGGUGGCAUUGAAAAGGUGGCCACAGAAGCCGCUGGUGGGGGAGGACUUGGCGGCCUGGUUGGUGGCCUUGUGAGUGGUGUUAGUUCAAUGCUAUUAAAUAACUCCAGGAAUGAUUCUCGACGCUCAGAGGAAGCCAGCGGCAGUUAUGGAGGGUGGUCAGUGCGUCAGGAGUACCAGGAGCGACGGGAACCUGAGAGCUCUGAACAUCAUAGCCGAGAGAGCCACCAUUCUCGUGAUCGGAGCAACGAUUCCAAUGACGAGCACGAAGGAAGAGAGCACGAACAUCGGCACCGCAAACAUCAUCAUGGCCGAGAGCGCCAUCAUUCUCAUGAGCGUAGCGAUGAUCCUGACGAUUCACAAACGGGCCGCGAUCAUCGGAGAAGGGAUGAGUACAACCAGUACGAUAUUGAAAGCCGCAGAUACACUCAAGAAGAGUCGGUGGAAACCUACAGGCCAGACCGUGGGGAGUAUGAAGGUGAACACACUCAGACAAGUUACGAAUACGAGAAUCGUUCGUCGUCGUAUAGACAUGAAGAAAGAGACGACUACGAAAAUAGCAGACCUUUUCAGGAAUCCGUUCCUCGAUAUGGAAACGCCCCAGAAGGAUACGGUAGGGGUGGGUAUAGCGCCCGAGAUGAGCAUGGUUCCCAUGGUCAAUAUGGUUCACGCGAUGAGUAUGGUACUGAGGGAGGAUAUGACGGGGGUUAUGGUCAAAACCCACAACAUGGCUAUGGAUACUAGAACCCCGUGGCGCGUAGAGUACUGUUGCUUUGAUUAACAUUGAUUUUUUUCGGAUUGAUGAUUCAGUGAGAGGAUAAAGGAUACCAGACCAGGCAGUCAGUAUUUUAGAGGUCGGCGAGACGGUUGGGGAGAUAUCUAUCUAUGUAAGACAUAGGCGGUUCAUCGAAAAAGUCUGCAGGGUCACAAAUCAUAGGCGCUUCAGGCAAGUAUCUACUUGCUCAGUUUAACGACAAAAAAUGACUCCAAAUUAACCUGCUAACAGUAAUGAAGAGUAGGACUCGUCU